GUUAAUAUAAAACAUAAUUUUACUGUGAUAAUUUAUUAAAACAAUGGCUGAUUAUGGCCGUAAACGUUUAGCUGGUAGAAGAAUCUCCUCAACCUCUGCACAUAUCGAAAUGGGCAAAUCAACCAAAGAACGUAAAUCGAAAAAGCCAAAAGAACGAUGGCUUUUGACACGAAAAACCUGGCGUUAUAUGGCCGAUGCUGGUCGUAAACUAAUACCAGAUGGUGCACUUAAUCGACCUGAAGAUGUUCCAAAAAUUGAAGCAUACUUUCAAGAAGUGUGCCAACGUGAACCACGUUUUCUACUUUGGCGAAAAAGUUCGUAUCCAGGUGCGUUGGGAUUUCGUUCACAUCGUAGUCGAAGAAAUCGUAAAGGUGGUAGUUGCCGAACGAAAUCUAGCUCUGCAGAUGAAUGUGAAGAGCUGGGAAGAAAGCAACAAUUUUUUACGCCGCAACAUAUUUCAGGGGGUCGUUUUGAUAUACACAAAAUGAAAUUGGAUUUUUUAAACAAAAAUACACCAUCAACAUCUAGUCAGCAGUUUGGAUCAGGUGGCCCUAGAAGUACAUUGAAAAAAUUAGAUUUACCUGCAACCUCCGAAGAAGAUAACGACGAUGAUGUAAAAUUAGCUCAAAUGUUAGGUGAUUUUCUAAAAAUUCAAGAUACAAAUAAUGCUUCGGGUAAAGUGGAUGAUAAGGGAGGAACAUUUGAUUACCAUGCGUUGGUCGACAAACUUCAACAACAUUUAAAUUCGAUCUAUGCCUCCCAAAAAUCAUAUUCACAUUCACCAAGUCGUUACGCAACCAGUGUCGAAUUCGAAGGAGAUUAUAUGCAAAAGUCAUUAUCAGAAACAUUCAAUCGCUAUUUUAGUAAAUCACCCAAUCGACAGCAAAUAAUUUCGGAUAUUUUAACGGAUCGUAAAAUGUUGGAAAAAUUGUAUGCAGAUUUACGACAAACAAAAGGUUAUCGAAAUACCCGAGGAGGCACAAAUUCUGGUAACUUCAGUUCACAUUUAGGUUCAAGAUUUGUUCGACCCACGUUAAGACAUUAUACGACCCGUGAAAUUGCAAAAGAUGAGGAUGAAGAAUAUGAUUCGUAUGAAGAUAAUAAUGAUUUAGGUAGUUGGAAACGUUUAGGAAAAUCUCAAUCGAAAAGCAUGUUAUCGCCACCAAUGUCUCCACCACCACUAAUAUCAAUUCAACAGGAAUCGCAAGAAACAAUUUACGUUAAUUCUGGAAUACAAACCGACCCUUUAUCGGAUCGUUUAUUAAAAGAAUUAGAAACGGAGUAUCAAAAUAAGUUAAAAAGUGCCAAUAGUGAAACGGAAGAAGGUAUGAAAUCACCGGUAAAACCAAGUAUCCCACGUCGUAAAAGUAGUGUCGACCAUGAUGACGUUUCCCAAUCGGUAAGUGAUACGAUUAAACGGUAUUUACGGAUGGCGCGUAAAAAAAGUGUUGAUGCUGAUAAAGUGGAUCGUUUUAAACGUGUGAAUUACGAUAAAAAUUUACGGUUUAUCAAAGCAAAAGGUGAAAUAACUAAACCUGGUGAUGACGAUGGUUUAAAUAAAGGUUGUCAAACGAAUGACGAUUGGAUUACAAUAUAUAAAUUAUUAGUCUUCGAUACGAUACCCAUGUCACACGAUUCACAGUCUCCUGUGUCUGGAGACGAUUAUGUUUUUGGUGUGGAUGUCGGAAGUCGUAUGACUAGUUCUCGAAGUAGUUUUGAAACAACUGUUGGCGAUGAUAAUACUUUAUUAAAUACUUAUCCCCAAUCGGGUGUAACACCUCCACAAAUUUCUCCGAAAAGUUCACCCUCGUCCCCACCUUCACCUUCUGGUUUAAUUGCCAGUGGACAAUCGUUCUUAUCACAAUUAUUGCAUGGCAAUAAACAAAAUGUUGAUAAAAAUCAUUCCUCAAUAAAUAAUCACCCUGUAACAGCUGGUGCUGCAGUCGCCAUGCAGAAAUCAAAGUCGUCAUCGAGUGUUGGCAGUCGUUUAGUCAGCAAGAAAAUAUGGCGAUCCAGAUCGAAAAGUCAGACGCGUGCUACGACGGGAGCAACAUGCACGUGGACACCACAAGGGCAGUGUACGUGGACGAACGUGACUGGACGUCAAGUAACGUUACAAGAUACAACUUUACUUCAAUUAACAGAAGUUGAACGACGUGUAUUACAAAAAGUUGCUCUGGCGAAAUUACAAGCUUUGAAUCUUGGUGUAACGGUUCGAAUACCCAGUGAUUCAACGGCUGUACCGGUAACAAAACCAAAACGGCGUGCCUACCUUUUAAAAAGGAAAGCGUUAACAACAAGUUUCUUCGAUAACACACGAACGGACAAAGAUAAAGGUAGUGGAGAAAUCAGUAGCCAAGGUGGUCAAGGCGGUACAAAUUCAAGUACAGGUGGUCUUGUAUUCGGUAUUCCAUUAAAUCAAUGUAUUGAAAAUGAUCGUUUAGCACGUGUAGCACGUGGUAACAGUCCAUUACGUAAUAGUCGUAGUGAAUUAUCUGGUAGUGGUGAUCCACCAUCCUCGUCGUCACAAAAUCAUCCAACAUCAGCAUCAGCGGUAGAUAUUAAUUUAAGACGACAAUCUCAUCAUGGUAGUCGAGCCAGCUUUAGUUCCUUAAUUGAUACAACGACAGCACGUACUGACGAUAAUGGUUCGUGUGAAAGUUUAAUGUCUCGAGAACGAAUUGGAACAAGUGUACCAGGUUUAUUAGAUACCUUAUCAUCGUCGGCAAGCGAUUUAGCUGUAACAUCAUCUGAAGAUGAUCCAGGAAUACCACAAAUGGUAUCAGCAUGCCUGAGGUAUUUGGAGGCAAACGGUUUACACACUCUCGGUAUAUUUAGAGUAAGCAGUUCAAAAAAACGUGUUCGACAAUUACGUGAAGAUUUUGAUACUGGAAAAGAAACUUUAAUCGGUGAAGAUCAGUGUCCACACGAUGUUGCAACCUUAUUAAAAGAAUAUUUAAGAGAUUUGCCCGAUCCUUUAUUAUGUAGGGAUCUUUAUCAUGCGUUCGUUCAAACUCAAAAAGUUCGUAAUAGACGUUUGCAGUUUGAAGCGUUACAACAUUUAGUUCAAUUAUUACCAGCACCAAAUAGAGAUACUUUAUGGGCACUCCUUAAUUUCCUUGCGGUUGUUGCUUUAAAUGCAAAUGAUCAAACCGAUGUAACAGGUGAAUGGAUAGCGGGGAAUAAAAUGGAUAGUACAAAUUUAGCAACGGUUUUUGCACCAAAUAUUUUACAUUGUAUCAAACCGAAUUCAUCAAAUAAAGAGUCUAAUGAACGAGCCGAGGAAAGAAUGGAUGUUAUCAAUGUAAUCAGAUCAAUGAUUGAUCAUAAUCGCCAACUAUUUCAUGUUUCUGCCGAACUUCUUGAUGAAGUUUACACAACAAUGAUGGAGACAAAUCCUGAAGCUUUAGAUCAAUUGUUAUCUAAGAAAGAUCAAAUUAUGAUUGGUGAUGAGAUAAUUGAUGAUCUCGUUGAUAGCGAAACAUCAACUCCUAAAACACCAACGGCUCCAACAGCAUUAGAUUCCAAUCAAAUGAUUCACGGAGAUUCAGAUGAAUAUCAAAUUAAUCGAAAAGUGUAUACUAGAGAAGAAUUUUUACACGGAACCGCGGGAAUGGGUGGGCCUAAUCUUGCCAUGAGAAUAAGGCAUAAAGAAAGAGAACGCGGUCGAGAUAAAUUCACCAAACGUCGAUGGAGGGAUGAUUCAGCUUCACGUAGAGCGGCUGAAGAAUCAAGCAUGUAUGAAGUAAUGAAAUCAAGAUCAUCUUCCAUGGAUAGUGGAAACAUUCAAAUGGAUUCUCCGUCAGACAGUUCGCGUGUCUUACGAAUAACCGAAGAACAGCGGUAUUCAUCUGUGCUAGACUCCAGACGACAAUCAACUCCACUAUUAGAUAAUGCUAAUAUUAUCACUGCAAGCCUAAAAAUUCCUUUACAACCUAGUAGUUCAGGUCCAUUAUGUUUAAAUUUAGACGAUCCUGAUAUUCCAUACAUUGAAGACAAUACGUACACAAUAACUACUGAUGGUAGACAACAAAUGCCAAUUGGUAUUUUACGAAAUGCACCAACAGCACCACCAAGACGACGACAGAGAUCGAUAAGUGGAAGUGAUUCAUCGCAAGGUUCGAUCCAACCGGUGUCUGGAUCCAUAAUUAUACAACAAGGUGGAUAUGAUUCUGCCAUGGGUUCAUCAGCAACGUUCAGUAGUCCACCACGAAAUACACCGUCUUCAGUGGGAAGUAGUAUUGCAGGAGAUGGUAUUUAUUCAUCGCCUCCAUCAUGGGCCUCUACUCCCCCUACUUCACCUGACAGUAGUCGAACAACAGUAAACUAUAUACCAGACGAUGCCCAACAAGCAGUUUACAGCCGUAUGACCGUUCCAUUAAAGCAACAAACAAUCACGACCAAAACUUCCGAAACGUCAACGUUAUCUUCGGCAAUUUUACAAAAAGUAACAUUCACUUCUGCCUCAGAAUUACGACAAAAGCCAAAGCAUGUAGAAUUACAAUCGUAUAAGAAAGAAAGUACCACAACGUCUUCCUAUUCAACUGAAGUAUCCAAAAGUGCAAGUACGCCGAUAGUGAUACAAAAAGAAACCAAAGCUCCCGAACAUAAAUUUUCACCAAGCAUAUCAAACAUUGGUGGCGCAGUUUUACGAUCAAAAACAGCAGAUUUUGAGAGAAUGACAGUAGCAAAAAAAACUGACCCAAUACCAGUAAGCAAAAGUAAAACUGAAACCGUCACGCCAGUUUCUUCAGCAGCAUCCGAUAAAAAAAAAUAUGUAAAACGACGAUACACCGACUCCAGGCAUCAGACACGUCAUAUACCUGAUUCUGAAACAUUAGCAGCUAGUACUACCACAACGACUAUUACAUCAUCUUCGGCAUCAACAAAGAAGAGUGAAGCUGAGAAAUCCAAAGAACAACAAUCACAAGUGUAUAAAAGACGUGAGUUAAUAGCUAGUGCAAAGGAUAAACGCUCUUUAAUUUGAUUGUGAAAGGAGAAUGGCGAAGAAGGGGGAAUAAUAUUAUCUGCAUUUAUUAUAAAAACUUUUUAGAAAGUUUUUCUAAGAUGAUAAAUAUAAGAUGGUUAGUAAAAAAACUCUCGAAAACAGUUCCUUCCAACAUGUUAAUCUAAGAAGAUGAGAUAAUCUGAAUAAACCCGGGCCUGGUCAGCUAUGUGGAAAAUCGGAAUAAAGAAAUAAAAUAUAUGUUAAGCAGAGGAUGGAUUCAAACAUUUCCUUAAAAAUAAACUAAAAUGGCUAUUUUUGUUAUAGGGUCGUUUUUCGAUAGCUUGAUUAUCGUUAAGAAAAUGCAGAAUUCGAUCGCAUAUUUGUUUUUUCCCAUAUAAGCUUUACCUGCGCGGUACAUCUACAAACUUCGAGAUGUGCUUUUUAAUAAUUCGUCUAAUCGAGGCUUAUACAGACAAGAAAUUUGACUUAUCGUAAAUCGACUGUAUAAUAAAAUUUUAUUUUGUACUUACUUUUUUAUUGUAUUUAUUGGAUUCAGGCUGUCGGUCGAUUAAUAAUUUACUCAUAGGCAAUAAUGUAUCUGAAGCCAGUCCUGGGUACUAAACAAAUCAAUAAAUUCAAUAUGGGUAACAGAGAAGAGGAAGAAUAAACAAAACACAUCUAUCAAUAAUUAAAGGGAAAUUUGUUUGAUUUGAACAACAACUUUGAUAAUUUGAUACUGAAAUGGAAAUCGAAUACUCGUCACAUGGCAUGCAAAUGUGAUUAUUACCUAUUGGUUGUAUGACUGCCAACAAAAUAAAACAAAAAAAUAAAAAAACAAUUAAAUGUGAUUGAAAUACGAAACUAGUCGAAAAUUAAAAAAAUAUAUAUUAUAUUA